CCCACACCCAUGCGACGCCCCUUCAAACUAAACCCCAUCUGCAUCAAGUCCACAAGUUACAAACAGCAGCCUUUGAAGGCAGUUGAGACAUUAGAAAAGAGUCAAUUGCACGCUCAGGCAAUCUAUGCGAACAGUGCCAGGGACAAACAGCCGUCUAUAUGUUGCGCCCAAUCGACUCCAAACCCCAUCAUCCCUGGGAGACAGAACUUUCCUCUGCGUCAAAGGAGCUGAAGCGGUGCAAAGCAGUCUCUGCUCGUUGCAAGCUGCCAGUUGAAAUCUGGAAAACCGUAUUUGUAUUCGCGUGCUCCCAGGAAAAGGGUUAUUCUCUUACAAUCGAAAAGUUCGGAGCUUUGACUACCUUGGUCAAAAUUCCCAUCACACUUUCUCAUGUCUGCUCUCGGUGGAGGACUAUUGUUAUCGGAUCACCCAGGCUUUGGUCUUCAAUUUCCAUCACGUUCAACUGGACUCCCUUACCUGCCGAAAGUCUUCUCGAUACCUUCCUCACCAAUUCUGCAGAUCAUCCUCUGGAUAUCCGCGUCAUAAUUGGCGCAGAGGCUUGGAACGAAUCGGAACAACCGUCAGAACAAUCGGAACAUAAUGUCGCCAUCUUGAGGAGUCUUUCAAGUCAUUUUUCACGUUGCAACCGACUAUUUAUCGAGAUCGACGAUUACGAUUCCCCUUUCUACGGUUUUCAAGGUCUGGAUUUGGCAUUUCACAAUAUAUCGUCUUUACGCCUCAAUUACCCAUGUGCCAUCAAUUCUUUAUUUGAAUUGAAGGGAGAUAACCCGUUCUGGCAAGCACUCCUUGACUCGACCUCAAAGUUGACGGAAGUGGCAGUGGAUGAUUUAACCUGGUAUCCUCCCGAUUUCCUUCCCUACCUCCAAAUAACUACAUUGUUCAUCGAGCGCAUUCGUUUCGAUAAUGUCCCUGGAGACCUGCUCCGAGCACUGGGGGCGUUUAAAAAUCUUCGCUCUCUGACAUUGCGACAUUUUGCUAAGGCUUCAUAUUCGGUCGACAGAGUCGCCGGUGCGGAGAUGCCCCCCUCACAGGCAGCGAUGCCCUCGUUUAGCCUACAGACGGUGAUGCCCUCCCUACAGACACUGGUCAUCCGAAAUAACUGUCAAACGGAGAUGACCUAUGGGGUACUCUGCGUAUUCUUUUCGUCUCUUGUGGUUCCUAAACUUUCAAGUUUCGAGCUUCAGUCAAGCUCACCACACUCAUCACACCAGAAGCCAUGGCCUCCAUCACUCCUUACCAUGCUACAAAAUGCCUCGACAACCCUACGACACGUGUCGCUCACGCUUACUUCUAUCCAUUUUCCUGCCGUCUGGGAACCCCUCUCCCUAAUACUAAGAACGACACCACACUUAACGCACCUUGAUUUAGGAGGCGGACAACCCGUGAUGUAUAAUGAUAGAGAGGAAAAUCAGUCUUUCAGAUCCGACACUUUCAUCGUAUCAUCAGUCGCCGAUCUCACCGAUACAUCUCUCCUCCCCAGACUCGAGUGUCUAUCCCUCCACCAUAUCCAACUGAACUCGGAAUUCAUGGGUCAAAUCGUCGCUUUGGCGGAGUCGAGGAGCCCAAGCCGCUUUUCUGCUGUCCAGGGUAUUCAAUAUCCGUUGAUGAAGCUUCGUAUUCUGUGCUACGAGGAACGACAGAAAUUCGUCUUGGAACCUCAUAUGCUUGAGGCAAUACGGAAACUGAAGGCGGAAGGGGUGAAUGUGACGUUUGAGAGAACAAAUGCGUACUGUGAGUCUAGUCCAUUGCCAUGGCCUGAUUCCCGCUUCGACCCGUGGUGAUGCGCAUGAAAAUUUUGAUGGGGCUUAUGGAUCCAACCCCACUGAAUUCGGUAUAUUGAAUAUUUUGAACUUGAUUCACCUUUUACGGUUACUUGGUCUUAUUAAUGUAAAGAAUACAAAAAAUUGCGGCUCUGGAACGUUUGUGAAAUCUUUUUCUGUCUUUUCGUUAUCUUUCUUUAAGCGAAAAUACGG